CCCACUCUCUCCUCUUUCGCCGGACUUCUGACUUCUUAUCCAUCCCCAGAUUCUGACGCAAACCCUUCACCUCCACCAUUACCAUCACUUCCAUUAUCCCAACCUAACUCAGUUCUCCCCACCACCACCACCCCCACCCCCACCAUAUGGGCCACCAGGCCCGUCGUGACUCUUUCAUCGUUUCGCGUUUUGAUGAUGCGGAGGCCGAGCUCGACUGGCCCUUUGGCAAGGUGGAAGGCGUCGACCGGGAAGACCUUAGGGAAACGGCCUACGAGAUUUUCUUCACGGCGUGCCGGUCUUCACCGGGUUUUGGGGGAAGGAAUGCGAUAAAUCACUACAACACGGCGGCACAAGAGAGCUCGGAGGGAGGUGGCGGUGGCGGUGGGGUAGGGACAGCACCAAGGGCCAAUGGGGGAGGCUUGGUGGGGAUGAGUAGAAUAAAGAGGGCUCUUGGGCUUAAGACGAUAAAGCGGAUGUCGCCUAGGAGAGCGGCGUCGUCUGUUGGGACGGCGAGCCCAUCAUCGCCGAGAGGGGUUAACUCUCCUAAUAUCUCAUUAUCGGCUCCACCACCUAUGAGACCAAGACGGCCCAUGACAUCGGCGGAGAUCAUGAGGCAACAGAUGAGGGUGUCCGAACAGAGCGAUACUCGGCUAAGGAAGACGCUCAUGAGGACCCUCGUCGGCCAGGUACGUGAUAUGGGUCGACGAGCAGAUACGAUAAUUAUCCCUCUUGAGCUUCUUCGCCAUCUGAAGCCAACAGAAUUCAAUGACUCCCACGAGUACCAGUUUUGGCAGAAGAGACAGUUCAAGAUCCUAGAAGCAGGUCUCCUCCUAUAUCCUUCCAUCCCAGUAGAGAGAUCCAAUUCCUUCGCCAAGCGUCUCCGAGACAUCAUCCGAGCAAGCGAGACCAAAACCAUCGACACCGGCAAGAAUUCUGAGACACUACGAACCCUCUGCAAUUGCGUGGUCUCAAUAGCUUGGCGCAGUGCCAAAGGAUCACCUAACGAUGCUUGUCACUGGGCUGAUGGAUAUCCCCUCAAUAUCCAUCUCUACCUUUCUCUUCUCAACUGCAUCUUCGACCACAAGGAUGAAACCCUCGUCCUCGAUGAAAUUGAUGAGUUACUGGAGCUCAUCAAGAAGACUUGGUCCACCCUAGGAAUCAAUAAGUUCAUCCACAAUGUUUGCUUCACAUGGGUUUUAUUUCAACAAUACGUUUUGACUUCACAAACUGAACCAGACUUAUUAUGUGCUUCUCUUGCUAUGUUGGCUGAAGUAUCCACCGAUGCCAAGAGGCCUGAUCGAGAUACUAUGUAUAUGAAGAUUUUGUCAUCUGUGUUGAUGUCGAUGCAAGGAUGGGCAGAGAAGAAGCUGUUAGAUUAUCAUGAAAAUUUCCCCAAGAAUGUACUGGGGUUGAUGGAGAAUGUUCUUCCUCUGGCACUGUCGACUGCUAGGAUUUUGGAAGAAGAUGUGGCAAAUCUCGCUGCUGUGGCUGUGCCGGAGAAAUCCAUUCUAGGGGGUGUGGAUUCGACAGGGAAUCGGGUUGAUUAUUAUAUAAGAUCGUCCUUGAGGAAUGCAUUCGCCAAGAUUUUGGAGAAUGUGAAUGCCAAAGCUGCUGAAGUGGAAGUAGAGGCAAGUGAAGCUCUCCUUGAUCUGGCUCAGGGAACAGAAGAUUUAGCAACAAAGGAGAAGGAGACCUUCAGUCCCACUCUCAAGAGGUGGCACCCCAUUGCAGCUGGAGUUGCUGCAGUGAGCCUCCAUAAUUGCUAUGGUACGGUGUUGAAGCAAUACUUGACAGGGGUAACCGUGCUCACCAAUGAGACAAUUCUGGUGUUGCAUAGAGCUGGAAAGCUAGAGAAGGUUCUGGUUCAAAUGGUGGUUGAAGAUUCUGUGGACUGUGAAGAUGGAGGCAAAGCAGUUGUAAGGGAAAUGCAGCCCUUUGAAGUUGAAUCCAUCAUCUCAGGUCUCUUAAAAAGUUGGGUUGAUGAUAGGUUAAAGAGAGGGAAGGAGAGUCUUCGUAGAGCUAAAGAAACUGAGACAUGGAAUCCCAAGUCCAAAACAGAGCCAUACGCACAAUCAGCAGUGGAGCUAAUGAGGUUAUGCAAGGAAACUGUGGAUGAAUUCUUUGAUAUCCCAAUUGGAAUUUCUGAUGAUCUUCUGCAAGAUGUGUCCGAUGGCAUAGAACUUCUCUUCCAAGACUAUGCUAACUUUGUUGCAUCAUGUGGGUCAAAGCAAAGCUAUAUUCCUGCACUUCCCCCUCUAACCAGAUGCAAUAGAGGCUCAAAAUUUCACCAGUUUUGGAGGAAAGCAAUGCCUUGCAAAUCUGGAACAGAGGAUUUGCAGCAAGGAGGAACCACUGAAGGUCUCCAUCCACGGCCCUCCACAAGCCGUGGGACACAACGCCUCUACAUUAGGCUCAACACUCUUCACUACCUCCUCGCUCACCUCCACUCCUUGGACAAGACCCUCUCCCUCGUCCCUCAUUCAAACUCAAUGCCCCGCAAUGGCUUCUCUGGCAACCGCCGCCACUUUUCCACUACUAGCUCUUCAUACUUGGACCUCGCCCGCUCCUCCAUUCAAACGGCAACUCAACAUGUCUCAGAGGUGGCAGCUUUCCGUCUCAUCUUCCUUGAUUCAAAAUGUGUCUUCUACGAAAGCCUCUAUGUGGGUGAUGUUGUGAAUGCUCGUAUACGUCCUGCACUGCGCACACUCAAGCAGAAUCUCACACUCUUAGCUGCAAUCCUCACUGAUCGGGCACAACCCUUGGCACUGAAAGAAGUGAUGAGAGCAUCUUUUGAGGCCUACCUCAUGGUACUUCUCGCAGGGGGAAGUUCUCGGGUCUUCUCUAGGAUGGAUCAUGAUAUGAUUGUAGAGGAUUUCGAGAGUCUCAAGCGUAUAUUUUGCACCUGCGGCGAGGGACUAGUGGCAGAAAAUGUGGUGGAGAAGGAGUCAGAGACAGUGGAAGGAGUGGUGGCAUUGAUGGGUCAGUCAACAGAACAAUUGGUGGAGGACUUCAGCAUUGUGGCUUGUGAAGCAAGUGGGUUAGGGGUGGUGACUUCAGGGCUGAAGUUGCCAAUGCCCCCAACUACAGGGAGGUGGAACAGAGCUGACCCAAAUACGAUCUUGAGGGUACUGUGCCAUAGGAAUGACAGCACGGCUAAUAGAUUCCUGAAGAGGACAUUUCAAUUGGCAAAGAGGAGAUGAAAUGUUGUUGGGUUUGAUUUCUUGGGUGGCUUAGCACUUAGAAUCAUCAUCAUCAACAAUAACGUCAACAACGAAGGUGCAAUUGUUUUUAACUGUUGGUUACCAUUCCUCUCUCCCUCCAUGCACAAAAGAAGAAAACAAGAACAAGAGAAGGUGGAGGGAGAUUCAUUUUAUAUUAUAAAACUUGUAAACUUCUCAAUGAGGUUGGUAUCAUGAUUUCUCGUUGGGGUUCCAGAAAGCUUUGUACAAUUCUCUCUCUCUUAGAUUUGGUAGCACCAAGGCAGAGUGUUCAUACCUUACCCAAAAAAAAAAAAAGGCAGAGUGUUCAUACAUAUCAAUAUUUGUUUCACUUUUGUAAAACUGAUGGAAGGAAAGUUAGUUGUGCCAA